GACAGCAGCGGGGGGAGGGGGGCAGAGCGCGCACGGCGGCGGCGGCGCGCACGGCGGGGCGCGGGUGGCUGCGUAAGGCGCGCGGCCGUUGCUAGGGGCUGCGUUCCGGCCGCCGUAGCUCAAGACAACAGGAAAGAGGAACAUACUAAAAUGUCACCUGAAGUUGCCUUGAACAGAAUUUCGCCAGCACUCUCGCCUUUUAUUUCCAGUGUGGUCAGAAAUGGAAAAGUAGGACUGGAUGCUACUAACUGUUUACGGAUUACAGACUUGAAGUCUGGAUGUACAUCCUUGACCCCUGGACCUAGCUGUGAUCGAUUUAAGCUGCAUAUACCUUAUGCUGGAGAAACACUCAAAUGGGAUAUAAUUUUCAAUGCUCACUAUCCUGACCUGCCACCGGAUUUUAUCUUUGGAGAAGAUGCUGAAUUUUUGCCAGAUCCUUCUGCCUUGCAUAAUUUAGCUUCUUGGAAUCCUUCAAACCCCGAAUGCCUCCUGCUUGUUGUGAAAGAGCUUGUCCAGCAGUAUCACCAAUUUCAAUGCAGCCGAUUACGUGAGAGCUCUCGUCUCAUGUUUGAAUAUCAGACUUUACUUGAAGAGCCCCAGUAUGGAGAAAAUAUGGAAAUCUAUGCUGGCAAAAAAAACAACUGGACUGGUGAAUUCUCAGCUCGCUUCCUCUUGAAGUUGCCUGUAGAUUUCAGCAAUAUUCCUACAUACCUUCUCAAGGAUGUGAAUGAAGAUCCUGGAGAAGAUGUUGCACUUCUUUCAGUUAGUUUUGAGGAUGCGGAAGCUACUCAGGUUUUUCCUAAGCUGUAUCUCUCCCCACGUAUUGAACAUGCUCUUGGAGGAUCAUCUGCCCUUCACAUCCCAGCCUUUCCUGGUGGAGGUUGUCUUAUUGACUAUGUACCCCAAGUGUGCCAGCUACUAACAAACAAAGUACAAUAUGUUAUUCAGGGAUACCACAAGAGAAGAGAGUAUAUCGCAGCUUUCCUGAGUCACUUUGGAACUGGUGUGGUGGAAUAUGAUGCAGAAGGCUUCACAAAGCUUACUCUGUUGCUGAUGUGGAAAGAUUUUUGCUUCCUUGUUCACAUUGACCUACCCCUAUACUUUCCUCGAGACCAACCAACCCUAACAUUUCAGUCAGUCUACCACUUCACUAACAGUGGACAGCUGUACUCCCAGGCCCAGAAGAACUACCCUUACAGCCCACGCUGGGAUGGCAAUGAAAUGGCCAAGAGAGCAAAGGCAUAUUUCAAAACAUUUGUCCCUCAGUUCCAGGAGGCAGCGUUUGCUAAUGGAAAGCUUUAGACAACCUUGGGCAUUGAGGUGAUACCGGACAGAUUCUUCAGUCUGCGUGUGUCAGCCCCCAAGAAUUCCUGGAAGUAGGUUGGAUCGUCUCAAUAGGUGCUUUCUUGCCUCAGAAAUGGAUUUGAUUGCUUCAGUUUUUGUCUGAUUUAUGAAACACAGACCUCAGCUAGUAAACUCAAAACCAAGUAUUUGAUAUUCACCCCUAUCCCACUGCCUCUGCCACCACCACUCCUUUAUGUAUUAUGUACUGGAUUAAUUUUAAAAGUGUCUGUUUAGAUGCGAUACCAUGUUCCUGUGCCAAAAAUGUCCUAUAUGUUAUGCCUUGUUUCAGAACUGCUUGUCUUCAGAUGAUGAUUUUUUUUUUCACAGAAAUAUUUUGCCUGUUUUGAACCUUUAUAUAUUUAGUUAACAUUUCCAGUUUAUCCUAAGAACAUACAAGACUGCCGUAUGUACCAAAAAUGCCUAAUGGACUACACAGUGCCAUAUUCUGCCUUGAACGAUUGCAUCUAAUUCUGGUUGUUAUCCUCACAGGUGUGCAUAUGAGUUGUACAGUUCCAUUCUCAGUGCCUUUCAAGUUGGUCAGAUGGUAAUGUGGCAGGAUUUGGGAAUUUUUUUUUUUCUUGUAUUUCAGUUGAAAGCUCAUGUUGUAUUGAAAGCUACGUUUUUAUGCUUCGUUUUUAUUUCCUGUUGUACACUUUCGGUGUUUUUCUAAUGAACUUUACUUUCUGUUAUGAAAAAGUCCUACUGCUUUAAUACCACUGCACAAGGAAGUAGUUGCAUAAAUUAGUAUAACAAAAUAAAGCUCUUUCCUAGACCUAUAAUUUUUCCAAGUAAGAUAAAUACUACUAAGGAGUAAACUUUUAACAAAAGAAUGAAUGAUGAUGUGGAAAACAACUGAUAGAAUAAUACAGGGCUACAGAGGUAUUUAGCUUAAAGCUUAAGUUCAGCAUAUCUUCUCAGAAAUUAUUUUAAGUGUAUAUAACUGGAAACAUUUACCUCCCCUAAUUCUGAAAUGCCAAAUGCAAAAUACUGGCUAUUCAUUCUUCCUUUCAUGCUGUGUGUCAGGCGCACCAGAUAUGGCUAACUCUCAUGGUGUCACUUCCCAAAUUAACUUGUAAAUAGACCAGGGUACUUUCCAGUAAGGAAUAAAAUUAACUGUGUAUGUUGUUUAUAAAUGGCAUAUGGAAAAUGUAGCCUACUUCUGCUAAAUGUAAGGAACUAAAUGAAUUACAUGCAGUUGAUACAGUGGUACUGAAAAAACAUUUAAUUUGAAAUUAUUCACUCUAUCACCACUGUCUAAUUACGCAAUGGAAUUGCAUCAAAUUAAUUGAUUGGCAGUAUUCCCCUAGCCUUUCUGACACUUGGGAUAUUUACUAAAAUUAGUGCUUUUCUGUGGACUGUUCACCUAAAGAAUAUAGAUAGAUUUUGUGCAUUGAAGCUUAAUAAUUAAAAAUUAUGCAAAUAAUUUGACCGUAGAAUCCACAGAUAUUUUUAAACAGCUUAUACACAGAAUUUUAGCUUGUGGCUUGUAGUGAUGUUCUUGACUAGAAAUAAAGCUGCAAUCAACAUCAGAGGCCUUAUUUCAAAUCUGCUGAAAAAGGGUCAUGUCCUGUCCUCGGACCUGUCCCCGUGGGACUCUGGCUGCGUUAUAUGAGAGCAGUAAACAGCUCCAGAGGUCCGGGGCUGCAUUCUCCUGGUGGAGGCAUUGUGUUGGGCUUUUGUAUGUGAACCAAGGCUUAUAGCAGACGUGGAGGGAUUUGGUUUUAUGUGAACAGUAAAACUGUAACUCAGCAACCCUAGAGGAUUGAAAACGGACAUGCCUCAAUAUGCUGAGACAGUUUCAAGUCUGCAUUUCUUCAGGUAAAAAUUGAAGCCACACAAACACAUAUUGAAGAAUAAGCUAUCUCUUGUGAGUUGGGAGGGAAAAGGAGGGCUAAAGAAAAACAUUUGUUCUCAUAAUAUUCAAAAUCUUAUGGAAACAAUCUCUAAUAUCUUCAAAAGGAAAAACCUCAACAAGUUUCAUCACUAGAUUCCUGGAAUCUUACUUUUUCUAGCAGCAUUUGAUUCAGUGUGGUGGUUACCGCCCAUGAAUGCAGUAUUAACUUUAUGUUUUUGAUUGCCCAUGAUACAAGCGUCACCAAAAUAUUUUUUAUCUUUUCAGUAAUUAUCAUGCUGCAGUGAAAGACCAGCAAUUGCAAAGCAUUUAAAAAGGAAGUCCACUCUUCAUAAUUUAUAUUUUUAACUGUGCAUCCUCCACCUGAGUUUUAAGAAUUUUGGACAAAGGACUGCUUUAUUGUUAAAGUCCAAGUGUUCUAGAAGUCUUGUCGGAAAAGACUUUGAGGAUAUAAAAAGCCAAAACCAGCCAUGGGUUGUGCUGAGUUAACUAGUGUUUCACCAACUUUUCACUAGCAUGAGUAAAAAUGAACUGGUGGGUUUCAGUCUGAUCUUACCUGAUGAGGUGUUCAUCUCAUAUCACUGGCAGUAUUUACCAACAAAUUUAGAUAGGAAGGUUGAGAAACUGUACUGCUUGUGUUGGAGAUGAAGUCUGCAAGCCUGUCAGUUUUCAAAUUAGAAAAAAAGCCAUUUUUUUCAUAAAUACAGUGAACAUCUUUAUUAUUUCAAAGCCCUACUGCGCUUACUUUUUGACCCACCCAGUAUUUUACAGAACCCUUCCUGAUGGUUCUCAGAAGAACAUAUUCUGGAUUUAAGCAGUAAAAACUCUAUAUUAGGAGGAAAGACAUGGCUAUGAGUAAAUUCUUCUCUUCUAAAGGAAGUUUACGUAUAAAUACUAAAACAGAAGAUAGAAUUGGUUUGAAUAAUCUUAAAUCAAAUAUUUAUUGAAGCAACUUAAGUUAGCCACAAGAGUUGUAAUCUAAAAGAAGAUAGUAUAAUUAACUCCAGCUUGUUAUGGAAUAAUAUCCAUUUUGACCAAUUCAAUGGGAAUGAGAGACUUCCAGCUCUUUCUUUCCUGCUAUAUGGUAUAUACAAUUAAAAUGAACAAUCAAACCUAGGCUAGUUUCUGUGGUUUAUGAGAACCACAAAACAUGAGGAAAAAUUAGCAAUAUUAUGAACAUAUCUGAAAGCUUAAAUUUAAAUUUACUCCAUCAGAAUUUUUACUGAAGGAAUGCAGAAAAUCUUUCUUUACUAGACCCCAUUAAUGCACAAUUUUCCAAAGGUCAUAAAGUACAAACUUACAGUUGAGCAUCUAUUCAUCUGUGUAAGUAAUCCACUAUGCUAAAAGUAAUAUCAAAUCAUUCAGAUUCAAAGCUAGACUUUUUGUGAACUUGCUGAAAAGCUUGGAUAAACAUCUGGAAAAAUAAAUAAAAAAUAACAAUA